AUGUGGCCAUACCGGAGGGAUUGUGGCAGCAUGUUUGCCUGCAUUGUUCUUCUGUUUGUGUCUUUCAAUACCUGCCAUUCAAUUGGAGGCGACACACUUUCAGCAGGUCAGAAUCUCCUUGUGAACCGGACUCUAGCAUCUCAAGGAAACAUUUUUGAACUCGGUUUCUUCACUAAAGGUACUUCUUUUAACACUUACCUUGGCAUAUGGUAUAAAAACUUCACGGAUAAGAUCAUAGUUUGGGUAGCAAACAGAGACAAACCAUUGUCUAAUCCAUCUUCUUCAAAACUUGAGUUCUCAGAGGAUGGUAAUCUUCUACUACUUGAAGAUUCAUCUAAAACCCCAAUUUGGUCAACAAAUUUGAUGUCCCCAAUAGCUAAUUCUACAGAAGCUGUGCUUCUUGAUGAUGGCAACUUUGUACUAAGAAAUAGUUCGGAGCCAUCUACUGUAUUUUGGCAGAGUUUCGAUCACCCAACAGAUACAUGGCUGCCUGGUGCAAAGCUCAGAGUAGAUAAGCUUACGGGCAAAACCCAGAGCCUCGUUUCAUGGAGGAACUCAGAAGAUCCAGCUCCUGGGGUGUUCUCACUUGGGAUAGACAUAAAUCCAAAUAAAACCACUCAAUUUUAUAUAGAGUGGAACAUGUCCGUAAGGUAUUGGAGUAGUGGAGCCUGGGAUGGUGAAAAAUUUAACUUGGCUCCAGAAAUGGGGUCAAACAAUAUCUUCAAUUUCAGUUUUGUCUCAGAUGAAAGUGAGAGCUAUUUUACCUACUCUCUUAAGAACAGUGCUAUGCUAUCAAGAUUUGUGAUGGAACAAUCAGGACAGAUUAGCCAGCUGGCAUGGCUAGACGGUGUUUGGGAUUGGAAAAUAUUACUGACUCAACCGAGUAAACUAUCCGAGGUUUAUGCUUAUUGUGGGGCAUUUGGUAUCUUCAAUGAGACUUCCUCAACCCAUUGCACGUGUUUGCAGGGUUUUAAACCACUUUCAACUGAAGCAACGCUACUAGAUGACUGGUCAGGUGGUUGCCAAGCUCAAAAGAAUAUAUUGGUCCGAGCUCUCAAUGGUGUGAAUUAG